AGCCACUGAUGAGUUGUUCCUUUGGCUUUGGCGUCAAAUGCUAAUAUGGCUGUGUUUGGCGAGUAGAAUUUUUCCGAGCCUCAAAUAUGGCUACCAAGGAAAUGGAAUCGACGGUCCAAAUGCGACUUUACACGCUAACGAAACGACAGUUUGUUUUGGUGUUCGUCUCGUUCUUCGUGGCUUUCUUCCUCACGGUGAUAAUUGGAAUUGCAGGACCGUCAAUAAUUGUUCAACACACGGAAAGAGCAUCAGAGUUACCUACUCCAAAAAGACAGUUUUUGACUGGUCCCUUUAAGAUCAACACAGGAAUCCUGUCCACAUUUAACCAACAACUUUGGCUUCUCUGCAAAAUCAAACUGAAUGGAACUGAAGCAGGGUCAUCUUUCACAGACAACUUUCAUCUGAGUGUUAAAAUUUCUGGCCAAGCUAAAGACAGCAGUUAUAACCCUAUAGCAACGACACCUUAUAACAGGACUCGUGUGCUACGUUGCCAGAAGGAAUGCAAUCCGUUAGUGAUCUUGCAUCUUGGGUAUCUUGACUACCCUUCUUAUCUUGUAACUGUCAAAUUUCAUGGUCUCAGCUUUCGUAAUGGAAUACAUAUCAGAGACAUUGAUUUUGAAUUGAAACACUACAGUGCAGACUUCACUCAGGUGGAAAUCUGGUUCAGAUUUGUUUUUCUUGUGCUCACAUUCAUGGUGACGUGCAUGUUUGCUCAUUCACUGAGGAGAUUUCCACUGCGUGAAUGGUCCAUUGAACAGAAGUGGAUGUCACUUCUUCUUCCACUUUUAUUGCUGUACAAUGACCCACUGUUUCCACUCAACUUCUUGGUGAAUAGCUGGGUGCCAAGUAUGUUUGAUUCAGUGUUCCAAGCGUCGUUCCUCUGUGCUCUGCUGCUCUUUUGGCUCUGUGCUUUCCAUGGCAUCAGGCAGAGUGAAAGGAGAUUAAGUUUUUAUCUUCCAAAACUUCUCAUUGUUGGCAUUCUGUGGGUUGCGGCAUUUACCUUGUCAUCAUGGCAGCAGUACAAUGAGUUGCAAGAUCCUACAUACCAGUACAAGAUUGAUAUUGGCCAUUUCAUGGGCCUGAAGGUGCUGUUCUUUACAAUUGGUGCUAUUUACCUGGUGUACUUGGUAUACCUGUUGUUCAGGGCAUAUAGUGAGUUGAGGGCAAUGCCUUAUUUUGAUGUACGUCUCAAGUUUCUCACUGGACUUAUGCUGAUUGUCUUGACCAUAAGCCUGGUGAUCACAGGUCUUCGAUUUGGAACAGGAGUGCUACAAGACAACUUUGUUGCAGAACUUGAAACACACUAUGAUAACUCUGCAGAAUUCCUGACAUUUUUUGGAUUGCUCAACUUUUACCUGUAUACCAUGGCAUUUGUGUACUCACCAUCCAAGAACGCUCUCUACGAGUCGUAUUUUCGUGAUCAGUCCACCUUUUCAAUGUUGAAUGAGUCUGAAGAUGAGGACACCAUGAUUUAUAAUUCUCAGAAAGAAAAAUCAAACUUCAGCAGCAGUGACGAGGAAAACUGAAGCAAAAAACAUGCCUGAAAGUAACGAAGUGAACAGAAAG